ACAUGUUAUAUCAACCGGAGAAGGCAUUCUCUCUUGGUCACUAGUCUACCGAAGAUCAAACACUACGGUCGCGUUGAAUACAACCUGGCGAACGGUUUAUGCGUCGCAAAAAUUCGCCUAAGUUUUACGAAGGAAAGUCAGAAGAGAGAUAGCCUGAGUAGAAUAAUAACCGGAAUAACCGGAAAGAAAGGGAUCGUAUAGGAAGGAAAGAAGCAGAAAAAGUAAAGAAGAGAAAAAUAAGAAAACUUGACGAGAGACGUGUGCCUUCGUGGAGAAAUCUAAGUGAAAUACUAGUGAUCGGUCGACGAAAUAAAAAGCAGAUUAUAUAUACAUAUAAAGUAAAAGUAUAUCUUUCAAAAUCAUCGUAUUUUAAAGAUCGUUGGCAGUGUGACAACGCAAAGUUGAAAUUUUUCACUGUGAAUAGUUCAUUGCUGGAAUUAAACAGGAAAGCGAAAAGAAGGAAGUGACAAGCUCUUCGCUAAUCGGGGCAAUAUAUUAUAGUUGCUUCGAACAUUUGAAGAUGGGUACUUUGCAGCAGCAAUCUAUCUUAAAGGGUCAACAGAUAGGAAAAAACAAAGAAAAAGAUUUAGUGCACGAAUUGUUCAGUUGCGCAGCAAAAAUUCAUGAAAGUCAAACUGCGAUAUAUUAUGAAGAUGAUGCCAACCGGGAACACGUGCUGUCUUUCAAAGAAUUAGAUAACAUCACCAAUAAAUUGGCACGAGCCUUGCAAAAAUACGAAAAAUUUGAGACAACUUCUCAAUCACUGGUGGCUGUCUGCAUGAAAGCGUCACAUCGCCUUCCAAUCGCGUUACUUGGUAUACUUAAAGCAGGAAUGGCCUAUCUACCUUUGAACACGGAAGUUCCAAUGUCCAGGACAAAGCACAUUCUCGAAGAAGCACAACCGUUGAUAGUUUUGAUCGAAGAAGGAGCGGAUUUGUCAAUUUAUGAGGGAGCCUCAACCGUGACAUAUGAACAGCUUCUAAAAAAAGCUGCGGAAGAAGAAGAAGAUACAUUAAAAACCAAAAAGUGCUCGAAUCAACUUGCCAUCGUUCUUUAUACUUCCGGCAGUACAGGAGUUCCAAAAGGUGUGCUUAUACCGCAUGUUACUCUAUUGAAUCGUCUACAAUGGCAAUGGAGAGAACUUCCGUACGUCGAUAACGAAGAACGAUGCGUCUUUAAAACUGCUCUCACAUUCGUCGACAGUGUCCCAGAGAUUUGGGGGCCUCUUCUACAGGGCCGUACAUUGGUGAUUGUACCGAAAAGCGUGACGAAAGAUCCGGAGAAAUUCGUACCACUUUUGGAGAAGCAUCAGAUACAACGCUUAGUGCUUGUGCCAUCAUUGCUGCAUUCGUUGCUCAUGUAUUUGGGUCUACGAAAUAAUGACAAUGUUCUCGAUCGCUUGAGACUCUGGAUUUGCUCAGGAGAAACUUUGUCGGUUUCGUUGGCCGAUCAAUUUUUUGCUACAUUUAGCAACAAGGACAAAAUAUUGGCAAAUUUCUACGGCAGCACAGAAGUCAUGGGUGACGUCACAUAUUACCUUUUGAGCAAUCGCGCGCAAUUACAAGGAAUGGAGAAAGUGCCAAUAGGAAGGCCGAUCGAUAAUUGCAUAAUUUAUCUUGUAAACAAGGACAUGCGAUUGAUCCCCCAGGGAGAAGUCGGUGAGCUGAUUGUGGCAGGAAAAAAUCUUGCUGCAGGUUAUAUACGCGGACGAGACACACAUAAAUUUUUGAAUAAUCGUUACGCUAUCGAUCCAGAAUAUCCAAAGAUCUUUCGUACUGGUGACUACGCUAAAAUUGUCAAAGGUUCGAUAAUUUACGAGGGGCGAGUGGAUUCGCAGAUUAAGAUUAGAGGUCAUCGCGUCGAUCUUACAGAGAUCGAGAAAAUAAUCGCCAAGAUAUCCGGUAUCGAUAAGGUCGUGGUUCUUUGUUAUAAGCCCGGUGAACUGUCACAGGCACUAAUAGCUUUUGUUACCGUCACUGAUGACACGACUCUGUCCAGCUCGGAGAUUGAAAGUUUUCUCCAAAGAACGUUAGCGCCAUACAUGUUACCGCAAAUAUUUAUUAUUGAUCACAUACCUCUUUUAAUCAAUGGAAAAACGGAUCGACAGACAUUGCUAAAGCAAUAUGAAUCAUUUUGUCCUAAUGAUGAAGAUGACGUUGCUGCGAAUUGCGAUUACAGCGGCGUAUCAGAUCAAGAUCUUGCAAAAGCCCGAGUUCUUUUUCCGACUGUCGCAUCCGUAAUCGGACGUAAUGGUAGUGCGCUAGUGACCCUGCAUGCGAAUUUCUACGAGCUCGGUGGAAAUUCCUUAAAUUCCAUUUACACCGUGACCAAGUUAAUGGACCAGGGUUAUCAAAUUGGCAUCACGGAUUUUAUCACAGCAAAAGAUCUGGCCGAAAUACUGGACCGCAUGAAACUUAUAUCUUCUGACGAAAAACCUCUGAAGGAGACACUCGACCAGAAACCGUAUAUCUUUGAAACGUUAAGCGAUUGUCACAAGGAGGACGCGAUCGAAAUAAUCACAGAGAGCUUUUAUUCGAAAGCCGAUUUGGAGCAAUGGUUAAUACCGGACAUAAUGAGAACCGAUUAUCGGGAACUGAUGGAAAUUAUGUGGAAUCCUCUCGUAGAGAAAGGCUUGAGCUUCGCGAUAAAAUCGGCGCAGAAUGGCAAAACGAUCGGAGUUACCCUUAAUUUUGAUCUUUGGGACGAGCCUGAACUAAUACUGAGCUCUAAAUUAAUGAUUAUAUUCGAUUUUCUCGAGUAUCUUGAAAAACCGAUUAGAGAAAACAAAUUACCGAAAGGCAAGGGCAAAAUAAUACACAAUUCCAUGAUGUCAACAUGCAGCGACUUGAAUUUCGCGGAAAACGUAUUAGUGAUGCGACAGAUGGAAGAAUACUGUUUACAACUCGCUCAACAAAAAGGAUACGUCGGGAUUUUUACUACAAAUACCAGUCCCCUCACUCAGCAACUUGGCAUUGACGUAUACGAUUAUGAAACAUUGCUGUUAUACCAAGUGAAUCGAUACAAGACACCUGAUGGAAAUAAACCUUUUGGCAAAGCCCCCGACAGUCAAGUAGCAAUUUGCUCAUUAAAAAUGAUUAACUAAAAGGAUUUUAAUAAAAAAAAAGUAUUGGUUCCAAGUAUUGUAAGCAUCAUCUCUGUGAUCUUUCAUCGACACAUUCAUAAUUGUUAAUAAUUCAUUAUGACAAGGCUUUAUUUCUUUUCAUUCAUUGUUAAUAAUUCAUUAUAACAAGAAUUUAUAUCUUUUCAUUCUUUCACAUCACUUUUUGUUAUUUUCCAUAAAUAUCAGCAGCAAACAAUAUAUCACAAACAAUAAUCGCGUAACUGAACGACUAUCUAUAUUGUUUGUUACACGCAUAAUGCAAUUAUUGUUCCUUCAUUAUCAUUUCAUUUUCUUGAUAGACUAAAAAAACUUUAGAAUCUUAGAAUUAAUCACUUUAAACGGAUUUGUAUCUAUUUAUUAAUACUUGUCAUAUCUAUCUGUAUAAAAAAAGUAUGGUAUAAUUUUCUAGCUUUAUAAAAUUUUUGUCGAAAACGCAUAAUUAUCGAAAAAAUCGAUAAUUAUGUUAUCUGAUCUUUAAUAUUAAAGAACUGUGCAUUUAAAGUAAACAUAAAAGUACGUAUUUUAAUAAAAGAUCACACAUUAUGAUAAAAAUAAUAUUCAUAAUAGACUUAAUAUAAAAUUUUGAAAUCCGUUUAUGCAAAUUAUUACCACAUUAUUAACAUUAUUUGAUAUAUUCAAACUAUCUUCCGCAUAAAGACUGUUGUAAAAAUCAACGAUAAAAGUAUAACAAAUUAAUUAUUACAUUAAUGCAAUAUAUGGAUUAUUGCAUUUCUCAAAACAAUGAUAAUUAUUACAUUAGAGCUUCUUUUAUAUAUAUUAUAAUACUUUGUAAAAUACAAUUUAUGCGGAUUGUUUAUUUUUUGCACAAAAAUAAAUACAUAACGAAUAUGAUACCUUGGCAAAAAUAGAGAUAUGUAAUGAUAAAUUUGUACAUUUUUGUGCAUAGGCAUAUAUAUGCAACAGUUAUAAAAAUUGUAAUAGCUACUAUUGUUAGAAUAUAAUUUGUAGUUAUUAUUAUUACGCUUCAUCACAAUGAUUAAACAGUUAGAUUAACAAAAAUUGUUACAUAAAUAUUUAUGUAUCGAUUAUAUAUUGAUGAUGUAUCGAGCUUAUAAUUAUUAUAAUGUGAUAUUAAGCGCAUUUCAUAAAAGCUGUUCCAUAAAAUUUUUCUAAUAUAGAACUUUUUUGCAUAUUACUUACAUUUCUAAUAUAGAAAUAAAAUAGUAAUUUGAAUAAAUUACUCUAAAUCGUGAUCUAGAUAGCUUUUAGAAAUAAAUAGAACAAAACAAUUAAUUAUUGAUUAAUCAUUGUGAAAUUGUUGAUUAAUCAUAGUAAAAUUGUUGCACGGACAAACGUAUCGUUUUUAUUUCAUAUAAACAAAAUAGUGUAUAAGUGAAAACGAAACAAUAAAUUAAAUAAAAAAUUUGAUUACAACAAAACUUACAACUCUGAUAUAUAUAUAUGUAUAUAUAUAUAAUUCAGUUAUAUUCGUUAUUCAUGAGAGAAUCUUUACUAUUUUGAGUCACAAUUUCAAAUUUAAUUUGACUUUUAAAAAAAUCUUUAAAUUGGAAAUAUAUUAAAUAUUAAUAAAAAAACAAAAAUUAAAUUGGUUUUAAAAUAUUGAAGAACUAGAUAAUACAAACAUUAUAUGUAAGAGAGUAAAUAUGUAUGUACACAUUCAUAUAUAAUAUAUUAUAUUGAAUGAUUCUUUUAUCAAAUUUUGAUAGCAUAUCACUAAUAUUUUAGCUGUUAGGAUUAAUUUUAAUGACAAAUUUCCCAAUAAAUAUAUCUUUUUUGCGCGAAAA